AUGACUUAUCAUACUUCGGAGCAGUUGGCUAAGAUCUACGUCAGGGAGAUUGUUCGCUUGUAUGGUGACCCUAUUUCUAUCAUCUCGCGUCUCGGCCCUCAGUUUACUUCGUAUUUCUGGAGAACGGUUUCGUGUGCGUUAGGCACACAGGUUGAUUUGAGCACCACAUUUCACCCUCAGCUACCAGUAGAGUAUCCAGAUGGCUCUGUAUACGGGAGGCAUCGUUUUUCUCCGAUGGGUUGGUUUGAGCCCGUUAUGGUAAGGUUAUUAGGCACAGACUUGGUCCAUGAUGCUUUGGAGAAGGAAGGUCGUGAUGUAGCGUUUAUGACGGGUGAGAAAGUUCUACUUAGAGUUUCACCCAUGAACGGUAUGAAGAGAUUCUGGAAGAAGGGCAAGUUUAGCCCUCGGUAUAUUGGUCCUUUCAAGGUGUUGGAGAGAGUUAGUAAGAUGGCCUACCAACUUGCUUUGCCACCCAGCUUAUCAGUAGUCCCUCCGUUGUUUCACGUUUUCAUGAUUUGGAAGUACUAUGAGGAUCUGCCGCACGUGUUGGAUUUCAUCUUAGUACAUUUGGAUGAGAAACUACCUUAUGAGGAGGAACUGGUGGCCAUUUUGGAUAGGCAGUUUUGGAAGCUGAGGUCGAAGAAUAUUUCAUCAAUGAAGGUUCAGUGGAGGGGUCAAUCGGUCGAGGAGGCAACUUGGCAUACUGAGCAUGAUAUGUAG